AUUUUGCGACGCGACUUUCGCGAUGAGUGAAUGUUUGCGAACAUCGAUUGCGACCAUAUACGAAAGAUUGGAAAUUGAUACGGCAUAGAUGUUGUCAUAAUAAAGACACCAAACUCACCGCAUCACAUACCUAGCUAGGCUAUCUCCGCGAUCGCUUACAGACAUCACACGACAAUUUCCGGCGCAUUGGGUGCACACCCUCUGGACUGCGCACGGGAAUCACCCGUGAACCCCCACAGUACAAGACAAGACCUUAUAGAUCGCAAUCAUGGCUUUCGACGACGAAAAUGACGAGAACAUGGCUUCAGACGAGGACCAGGACGAGGACAUGGACAUGGAAGAGGACGCAGAUCAAGAUGGAGACGGCGGAGACGACGAAGAUGAGGAAGAAGGAGAAGACAAUGCAGACGAUGACGAUGACGAUGAAGAUGCCAACGAUGCUGACUCGCCCUCUCGUCGGCCAAGCCAACAUAAUGUUACGCGAACAUCGGCCAGUCCAGAUCGACAGGCGCAAUCAUCAAAUCCAUUGGCGUCCUCCACGUCAGGUUACAAUGCGACGCAGAGUUUGGAAGGCCCUAUCAGAGCAUCAUUUCGCCCUCCUGUUCGGGACAUUGCGCUCAAUGCGCAAGCUUACGAUAUUGUUCCAACUAUGGCUGCGCCGCAGGGCACAUCAAUCAACGCUGUUGCGACGACGCCAGACAUGCGAUGGGUAUUCACAGGAGGUACAGAUGGUUAUGUGCGGAUGUACAAUUGGGUGGAAACAGCCAAUGGCAAAGUACCCUUGACAGUGGCGCAGAAGCACCCUUUCGUCGAUAGUGUCAUGAAGGCUGGCUCUUUGGUCACCUACUGGGAGAAUGAAGAUUCGACCCUCCGGACGCCGCCUACACAUGCCGACGAGGGUAAGUGGACGAGUCCGGUAUACUCGUUAGCAGUCCACCAUGAAGCGCUAUGGUUGCUGUCGGGGUUGGAAUCUGGAGGCAUCAAUUUACAGACUUGCCGGCACCAGGCUGGCACGCGUAUCACCACUCUCAAAGGUCACACCAAUGCCGUGUCGGUCUUGUCGCUAUCGCAGGAUGAAACGAGCCUGCUCUCGGGAAGUUGGGACAAACUUAUACACGAUUGGGACCUGCAGACCGGAGCGAUCAAACGCACGUAUAACGGAUCCGGAGGUCAGAUCAGCGCUAUCGAGAUGAGACCUCUGAGUGAUAUCCCUGUUCCAGAGGUGUCGCAUCUACAAUCUGACGAUGCGGACGGCACCUUCUCGAGCAACAAUGCUGAUAAAGACCUCUCCGAUGGAUUGUUUGGUGGUGAACUAUCUGACACGCGGAUGGAGAACAAUGACGCUGGUGAGCCCGCGCUCGAUUCUCCCCCCGAUGGCAGUCUUUUUGGAGAAGGAGAUCAUGGGUCAUUAUUCGGAGAGGAUAUUGGCGGUGGCGGUGGAGGCGGAGGAGGAGGUGGUGGUUUUGACGACGAUGACGAUCUCACACGAGCUUUGGAAAGCGAAAUGCAGGGCGAUGCCGAGCCCGGCGCUCCUGGCGAAUCGACCGUCGAUCCGGAUGCCAUGGAGAUUGGAGGACCCGUCCAACCUCCAGAAACAGAACUAGCGGAAACGGCCGAAGACACAAAAUCUCCUUCAAAAGACGAAGCUGCCCCAGCCGCUACAAGUGUCACCGCAGCUGCUGAUCCACAGGAUCCAGUUCCAGACGCAGACCUUGAACCCACCAAACCUCCACCCGGCGAAACCGCUCCGCCAGCUCUGACCAAUGGCCUUCCUCACUCCGACGAGCCACUGACCGCCCCUCCCACCGACACCUCCACCGCUCCCAACCCCGACAAUACCGCCAGCACCAGCACCACAACCACCUCGGACCUCCCACCCCAAUCCGAAUCCACCUUCCUCGACGCCGCCCAGGACGGUACCCUCCGCAUCUGGGACCGACGGGCGCCCUCCCCCGUCGCCACCAUCGCCCCUUACGCCGGCACCCCGCCCUGGUGCACCGGCGCAUGCUGGAGUCCCGAUGGGAAUUCCUUCUACGCAGGUCGUCGGAACGGCACGGUGGAAGAAUACUCCAUCCACCACCUCGGGACGAAGCGCUCGGAACCCAACCGCAUCUUCAAAUUCCCGCAGGGUUCCGGACCGGUGUAUGCGGUGCGAGCGAUGCCGAACGGGAAGCAUUUGAUCUGCGCCUCCAACGAUAUCCUCCGCAUCUACGACCUCAAGCAAUCCGCCGACGCCCGCCGCCACAAAGCCGUCCCCUUCACCAUCGUGCCGGGCCAUCGCGGCGGCGUGAUCGCGGGGAUCCACCUCGACCCCACAUGUCGCUUCAUGCUCUCCGCGUCGGGCAAUCGGGGCUGGGAUGGAGGCACGGGGACGGAGGUCCUGUUGGGGUAUGAGAUCGGGGUGCAGGAUGAGGGCGGGACGUGGCAUAAGUAAUUUUUAAUUCAAGACGAACUUUUCCUCCUCCACUGAGAAUUGAUGAUCCGAUCACAAUAACGAUUCACCUCUUGACGCUGGGUGGGGAGGGACGAUGUGUCGGGAGGCGACUGUUGCCCCCUUUCCUUCUUGUCACUCGCUUCUGUCCAUAGGCCUACAGCCGAAUUAUCCAGCGGUCUUUCUCUGACUUGGAGAGAGCCUCUCCCGCGAGAAGAAACUUUUUAUUUUCCUCCCACCUCGAUAUCUCUCCAUCUCGCAUCCACCGGGCAAGGGAGAAAAUGACAGGACUUUCAAACAAGAGAAAAAAAACCCAACAACAAACAGACAGCCAGAACCCCCCCUUUCCCCAUCACGUUCGAACCAUCUCUCCCCAGCACAAACACCCCGCUUCUAUAAAUCCAACUUCCGAUGCGUAUAACCCCUCGC